GGCCCACAUAUUUCUGUACGUUUUUGGUUCAAGUCUACAUUAACAAAUAAAAUUCACAGUUACAUCGGAGUUUGGUUUAUUCUGUAAUUGUACUCAUUUAACUACAAUUUAAUUUGUCCAAACUCCAAUUAUAUGAAUGGAAUAAUGCACCUAAUUAUUGUUAAUAUACCUAGUGAUUAAUGUAUGUGACGACUUAACAAGUUUCAUUUAAUAAAUAAAGCAUUGCUUAUUUCAUGAUACAGAGACAAUGCUUGAUUGACAAAAACCUUUCUAACCACGUUUGCUUUGGAUAUAGUGGCAUUACGCUGAAUCGGUUGUUCUGCGAUAAAAAAUGAUGUGGGUUUUGGGAUGCCGCUGCUAAAAUGCACAUGUUUUGACGCAGUGUAAAGUUCUCUUGUGAUCACAAUAGACAUAACUUCUCAAAUUAUGAUGAAAAAAGUAACACACACUCACACACACACACACACACACACACACACACACAAAACACUCAAAAACCCAAGACAUUAUUGUGAAACUGGAGAUAGACACAUUUGUCAUAUAUGUAACUAAUGUGAUAAUAGUAUACUCCAUAAUUGUCAUAUUGCCAUGUCAUUUGAUGUGUCAUGACAUCGUAUCGCAUCGUAUCUUGUCCAUCAUCUUGUUUGCACAAGUCUGUGUGUGUGCGCGCGUGCACGCGUGUGUGAGGUCGCUCUGUCCAGUAUUAGACGCCAGAUGACGCUCUUGUCUAACGGUCUCGCCCUUUUUAGCCCAGACCCUUAGAUGAUUUCCAUACCGAGAAGUUAUCGGACACGUUUCCCUGUCUAUCAAUAACCUCCUGGGGAUCAAGCCAAUUUAUGAGUGGCCAGGAGCUGCACGUGAUUCUAUUUAAGCAUUCCAUAUUUGGGCAUUACACGUCGUAUCAAGAAAAAAAAGAAAAUGAUUUCCUCCACCUAUAAAUCCUGCUCUUUUUUUAGGACAAACCUAACGUCCUCUAGAAAUACAAAUAAAGCCCAAUAAACAAAUAAAACUUCUAAACAACUUAUGUAUACUUUAUUAGCUGAUUCCGUCUCUGCCGUGACCGAGUGCUUUUUGUGAAUCUCUCCAAGGUUAUAUUGUUUUGGAAACAGAAUGAGCUCAUACGUUGGAAAGUCUUUUUCUAAUCAAACGCAAGACGCCUCUUGUAGAAUGCACACUUUUGGCAACUAUGGAGCUCACUCGGAGUUCCACGAGUCCCAUUACGCGUACGAAGGACUUGAUCUCGGUGGAUCGUUCAGUUCUCAAAUCCCCUCCAACUCUUUGAAACGGGAGGCGAUAAACACAACCGACCGUGCAAGGAGCAGUGCAGCAGUUCAGCGAACACAGUCCUGUUCAGCUCUGGGCUCUCGUAGCUUUGUAAGCACUCACGGGUACAACCCCCUCAGUCACGGACUGUUGAGCCAAAAAGCCGAGGGGAAUAUGGAAGUUAUGGAGAAGCCCAGCGGCAAGAGCCGCACAGACGAUAUCAAAAUGGAGACUACUUCAGCGAUAAAGCAACAAACUAAUUCGACUCAGCGUCAGAGCCAGUCGCAGCCGCAGAUAUAUCCGUGGAUGACAAAGCUACACAUGAGCCACGAAUCUGAUGGUAAAAGGUCACGAACCAGUUACACCCGGUACCAGACUCUGGAGUUGGAGAAAGAGUUCCAUUUCAACCGAUACCUCACACGUCGCAGACGUAUCGAGAUUGCCAAUAACCUCUGCUUGAACGAGCGCCAAAUUAAAAUUUGGUUCCAGAACCGUCGCAUGAAGUGGAAGAAGGACUCAAAGUUGAAAGUGAAAGGAGGACUAUAAUAAUGUGGUGUACGGCUUCAGCUUGAAAAUAAAGGCAGUGUAAAGUUGUACUGAAGCAACAAACGAUUUAAAAUAGAUUUUCUUGCUGACAGCAGUUGAUGUCUUUCAUUUGUCUACAAUAUCAUGUUGUUAUGUGAAUAUGUCCAUACUUUCAAUAUUUAUUGAUAAUGCUCCCUCCCCAGAGUGCGGGGGUGCUUAUUUGAAUAAUGUAUGAGCUUAAACUUUAUUUGAAUAUGCUUUACUAAAAUCACUUGUAUCAAUAACCUGCAUAAUAUACCAAGGCCUGCAUGCAGUUACGUUGAUUUAAAUGUAAGUGCAAAUAAUGUGGUGCUUUGCUUGAACAUUCAUCAAUUUGCCCAUUGCAUUUCGAUGGGUCUUUUAUUCAUUGUACUUUCUGUAAAUUCUAUACAACUAUAAUAUCCACACAAUAAGGAUGGUAAACCGCACGUGAUGACAGUGCAACAACUAUAGUGUCAUAUUAACCGCUGUGUAUCAUGUUGUCUGUCAGCCAGCAGCCAAAUGGUCAUUUUCUCUUAACGAUUAUGUCUGUUUAAAUACUGUGCAAUCAGAACAUUUUGCUCUUUUACUGUGUUUUUGGGGACUUUUUUUUCAGACAGGUACAUUGACUUUUUUUACCUUGACGUUUCUAUACACUCUACAUUUGAGGAGCAUAUAUAGGGCAUCCUGUAAGGACUGUAAGGAGUGGCUUAUUGAUACCUCUAAUGCCAAACAAGCUACACGACCUACUUUUGUGUGAACCGCAUUUAUUCUAUGAUCCAUUAUUUCUGUUAUUCCAACCGUUUGUUUCCGAAGUUUCACUGCUAAGCCACAUCGAUAAUUUUCCAGUCAGUAAUGUAUUAUAACAGUAAUAAGAUUAAAUUGUCAAUAGUGGCAACAUAUCAGAAAGUUUCCUCAGUUCUGGGUUAAAAGCCAUCUGUGUCCAAUAAAGCGUCCAAUGUGGUAUCAUUGUAAAUAAACUUGAUUAACCGUAAAGAAUGUCCUAUUGUUAACAUUAUUUUUUGUCUGUUGAAGCAACAGGAACAAAAAAAAGAGUCUUCUUUACACAAUGCAUUUUUGCACUCAAGGCCUAUUUGAUAAAGGAGUUCAGAGAGGAAAUCGUUCUGCGCGAAUUUAAUAUGAUUUUGAUAAAUAUUCGUGCGUCCAUCGAGGACCAAGUCUGAAUGUGUAUACUUCCACUGAUGAGACAUGAUUGAACCUUAACGCUGUGGUCACUUAUUUACAGUAGCCCUUAAACGGAGGCACAUAAAACUUUAUGACCCCAAUAAACUUUUACAGCACUUCCUCUCACCCAUCAGACACUGACAACUGUUUCCUUUUUUAACAGAUCGGCGGAAGUUUACACAAACAUUUCAAAGUGACGUUUUGGUACACAGAACUCAUAAAAACAAUAAGAUCGUUUGCACACUUAAUCAAAUAUUAUCCAACUUAAUUAUGAAUACACGAAAUAUUUUUCGAAAAUGCAUUUGCAGUAUGAUACAACAGCGUUAUUAAUCGGCCAUCGUGUGAAGCACAUAAUUAAAGACGUUAAGAGUGAAUUGCUCAUGCUACUACAUUAUUGUUGAAAUUUGUCAUUUAGAUAAUGAGACAUAUGAUGUCAGUCACCCUAUGAGCCGAAAUCAUGUAAUCCAGGCCCGUGUCAAACAAAGGACACGAGAGCAUUGCCUGCAUGUACAAAAUGCAAAUUUUCUACUGGCUCGUUCUUCACUCAGGCUCCUUUCCUGUGUAUUUGACAUAUUUUAAUUUUUAACUAAUUCCUUCUCCGCGCUCGAUGUAACUUAUUUGAAAUGUUACGGAACAUUUUAAUCUAUGUAUUACUAAUGAUUAUGUAUGACUUUUAACAUUAUAUACACACUAAUCUCAAAAUAAAAACAGGCAGCUAGUCAAGUUGCAAAAGUGCUUUCAUUUUAGAAUCGUCUCACUCACCUAUAUU